AGUUGGUGCCAAAUAAAUCUGAUUAGAUAUCUAAACCCGUGCAAAAUUCAUUCAAUCCUGGACGAAAAAGGCAGGCAGAAUCACAAGCUGUCGUGAAAUUCUCAUCGCCCCUUCCUUCCUUCCUGCUCCUCGCCAAAUCGCCGAGACGCCGACUACCUCGCGCUCCCAUAGAUCUGGUAGAAUAGGUGCCGGUGGCCUCGGACGUGCAGUGGUAGAGGCUUCUGCGGUGGCGGCGACGGAGGAGAAGGGGGAGCGAGCAGUGUCCGCGGGGCGCGGUGUCUGUGUGCUGGGGCUCGGGUUCCGAGGAACCCUAGCCGCCGCGCGAUGGCGUCUUACAGGCCGUACGCACCGCCGCCUCCGCAGGGCAGCUACCCGCCGCAGAUGAAUCCGUACGCGCCGCCGCAGGCGCCCUACAACAGGAUGCCGGCGCCGCCCUACCACGCUGGGCCCCCGCCCCCGCCGCCACCCGGUCCGCCACCACCUCACCAACCGCAGUUCAAUUUCGGUCCCGGGCCUCCGCAGCAGCACCCGCCCCCGCCGAUGUACUACCAGCCACCGCCACCACCCUAUGGCGGGAACAGUAACCCGCCUCCUCCUCCUCCUUCAGCGCCACCCCCGCCUCCGUCCCCACCCCCUGCUGCUCCACCCCCUCCGCCUCCGGCCCAGGCACCGUCUGCUCAGGCCCUGCUGCCCUCAAAGGAGCAGCAGCCUAAGGCAACGCUGCCAAGAGAGGAGACGGAGGAGGAGCGUCGUGCACGGAAGAAGCGGGAGUUCGAGAAGCAGCGGGUGGAGGAACGCAAGCAGCAGCAGAUGAUGCGGCAGACGCAGGCCACCAUUCUGCAGAAGACGCAGCAGGUGCGUGCUUCUCAGCAGCAGCCGCAGAGCCGCCACCACCACCACCAGCCUCCGAGUAUCUUCCGGGCAGCAGCAAUUGGCUCUCGGGCAGUGGCAACUGGGUCUCGCCCAGCAUCAGCGCCGAAUGCUGAGAGGUUUGAGAACCGGUUAAAAAAGCCAACAACGUUCCUCUGCAAGCACAAAUUUAGGAAUGAACUCCCAGAUCCAAGUGCUCAGUUGAAAUGGCUACCCUUGAAUAAGGAUAAGGACCGAUAUACCAAAUACAGGAUAACUUCAUUGGAGAAAAACUACAUUCCUAAAAUGAUUGUCCCUGAGGAUCUUGGGAUACCUCUUGAUCUACUUGACAUGAGUGUAUACAAUCCCCGGGAUGUUCAGUCGCGCAUGGCUCCUGAAGAUGAAGAGCUAUUGCGUGAUGAUGAGGUCCUCACCCCUAUUAAACAAGAAGGUACAAGGAAAAGGGAGAGGCCCACUGACAAAGGUGUUUCUUGGCUGGUCAAAACACAAUACAUAUCUCCACUAAGUACUGAUGCAACCAAAAUGUCCCUUACUGAGAAGCAAGCAAAGGAAAGGCGAGAAACAAGGGAGGGUCGCAAUGCUUUCCUAGACAAUCUUAAUGAUAGAGAGAAACAGAUCAAAGCCAUUGAAGAAUCCUUCAGAGCAGCCAAGUCAAGGCCUGUUCACCAGACUAAACGUGGCAUGCAAGCUGAGUGGGUUAUGCCUUUGCUACCUGAUUUUGAUAGGUACGAGGAGCCGUUUGUUAUGGUGAAUUUUGAUGGCGAUCCAACUGCUGAUUCUGAGCAGUACAACAAACUUGAGAGACCUGUACGUGAUGAAUGUGAAUCCCGGGCUGUGAUGAAAAGUUUUAGUGUCAGUGGUUCAGACCCUUCAAAACAGGAGAAGUUUUUGGCAUACAUGGCCCCAGCACCCCAUGAGCUCGCCAGAGACUUGGAUGAUGAAAACGAUGAUAUCCAGUAUUCCUGGCUAAGAGAAUAUCACUGGGAAGUGAGAGGAGAUGAUAAAGAUGAUCCUACAACAUACCUUGUCACAUUUGAUAAGGAGGAGGGUGCAAAAUAUUUGCCUCUCCCUACUAAGCUAGUUUUGCAGAAGAAGAAGGCGAAGGAGGGGAGGUCUGGGGAUGAAAUUGAGCAUUUUCCAGUACCUUCCCUUAUUACUGUGAACAAAACAGGUCAUGUUGGUACCAUGGAGCGCGGAGAAUCUUCUGGCAUGCAUGUGAAUUCAAAGCCACGGAGACCUCAUGUUGAUGAUGAUCUUGAUGAGCAUUCAAAGCGUUCUAGGGUAGAAGAUAUUGACCAAUAUAGUGGAGAAGAAUAUUCUGAGUGAUGAACUGUAAAUCAUAAUUAUCUUGCACCAACGAAUUUUAUCAGUACAUGUGAAGCCUUAAAAGGUUUCAAGCAAUAGGCACAAGUGGUUUCAUGGUGCAUGGUCAUGCAGUGAAAGAAAAUGUCUGACAACAAGAGGACAUUGGGGCUUGGCCAAUUUGUUGAUCUCUGUAGUGAUAAUAGAAAGCGUCACAUUGUUCUAAAGAAGUUGUCUUCAAAGUCUUGGAUGAUGCGUAUAUUGCAGUUGCUCCACAUGUUCCAGGAUAGUGAAAUUUUAUUCAUGGUUGCCUGAUAAAGUGUGGAAUUAUAUAAAUUUUCAGCAUAAAUUGUUUUAUUAUUAACGUUCGUUUUUGCCUAAAAUAAUGCAUAAGUAUAUGAGAUGAUAAAAGGGUAAUCAUGAAGCAUUCUGUGGUCCGGUGGCCCUUAAGUUGCAAUUCUAUUCCAGCACAAAGUGACAAUGAUAUGAUGACUUUUGGUCUGGUAUUAUUAAUUCUGGACAGUAAUUCAGUAGCUGUGGUAACGGCAAAAUACCUCAGGGUUAAGCUGGCAUGCAGGUUAUUACACUUGGUUUCCAUUGCUGUGUGAUUGUGUUUGCCUUAGCUUUGACACUUAAAUAUUACGUAGGUUACUGUUUUCAUUUUAUGUAGCCUGGAGGACCAUUUUCUGCUGGCAGCCAGGUUUGGCUGAGUUUUAUGGAUGCUAAGAUAUGGUUCCCCUCAAGUGACAGCAUUGUAUUGUGGUAUGUCUGACAUCUUGUACACUAAUGCCAUCAGCAAUCAUUUUGGGCUUCAUGUCUGAUGUUAGUUGUUGACAUCAUAACUCAUGGAAUGUUGCAAAGGAAUGAUGCUGUAGCUGUAGCUGUAAUGUGAACGGACUGUAAUUCACAAAUUUCUUGAUUUGUUUUACAUAGGAUGUCCAUAUGCUCUUUAAUAGACCUUUACCAGUUGUUUACUACAGGUUCUUUCAAUCCCUGCAUUAUACAGUCUUUUGUGAUACAUGUUACAUCCUGUGUAGUUCUUCAACUCCUUAUGAUUUAUAGAAUAUUUCAAUUUUAGAUUCUUAAAAUACUGUUUGCUUUAUCUAUACUCUUGUGGAUUUGUUUUACAGUCAUCCGAUUAGUUUUGUAAACAUUCAUGUUUUUCUAAUUACCAGGUAGCAUGUCCUUGAGUAACUUAUUAAGCAGUUCAAUUUGUCUGCUGAUAGUUAUGGUAUAGUCAAAGUUGGCAGGCUGCCAACAACAUAACUCCAAUUUCCAUUCUUUUUAGUCCUGGCUGAUCUAUACUGCAUGUACUUCUAUUUCCAUUCUGGAUUUAGCAUCUGGAAUAUAGGAUUGUUUCAAUGCAACAGUCUCGCUAGUGCUUAUUGACCUUUCAGUUGCUCUACAUGUUUCUGAUUGGGAUCAUCCCAGCUGGGAAGAGAGUCCGAAUCAUAUCUCUAGAUCUGUGUCUGCUUGUCCCGUCAAUUUGUGAUUACCUGUUCAAUUCAUGUGUCUAUUAAAGCUUGAUGCCAGUGCCCUUAAAACAAACGUGUUGCUACGCAUGUUGUUGGUGCUAUUAAAAAAUAGUUUUGGUGUGUGACCUAGCUUGUUGUCAUGCGCCUGUGGUUUGAAGAACGUUAUGCUGUUGUAUGGGCAAUGUUUGCGUAAUGCCCAGGGGAACGGUGCCAAUUGCUGGAACAAAUUCGGGUAAGGUGACGUGGUGAGCUGCUGUCUGUAGUGUGUGGACAACUGCAGUAGUACCAUGGUUCACAGGCAGUGACAAGCUUCUUAAGCAUACAAACGAAGGAAGAUAGACACAACCUAACAAGGCGCUGCCAGUUUUCUCCACUACAAAUUAUUGACCAGACUUGGACGUUAGGGUGUCGCACCAUUGACAAGCCAUGCGAAUGAGAUGAAGGUGAUGAUGAUGAGGGGUGGUCACUUGUACAGUCAUCCUGCUAUAUAUGCCUUUCGCCCCCCAUGGAGCUAGCUGAUAGACAUGCCGUCCUAGUUUGCUCGUGUGUACACAGCUGGGAGGGAGCUAUUAUAUUUAGUGGAUCGGGUCAGGGUUGAACUUGAGAGACUCCUUCCAGAUGAGCUCCUUUAUAGCUUCUUCGGUGAGCGAUGGCUGCUCGAAGUCGAAGCUGAAAGGCGCCGGACAGAUGGGCUCGUCGUUUACCUCGUGAAGGGACGCCAGGUAUGGGUGGCACAGAGCCUCAUCAACUGCGAUAUGAUUCCACGGAAGGAAAAGCAACAACAAGUAAUCCUCUUGCUGGGAUCGAACACGAGCAUCCUCUCAAGCAAGUCCAUGGCGCCGCUAGACAUGGUGGGGAACCGCACGCGGAACUGUUGCUUGGGAUGCUGAGGCAGGGACCUCACGUAUCUGCGGGCGUGGUCGCUCCGGAGGAACCCGAGGCUGGUGUCGUCAGGUGAGCCUACCAGCUUUUAUUUAGAUCAACAUAUAUAAAGAAGGAAGAGGAAGAAGUUGUAAGUAAUUAAUUAAAGAACAAACAAGACUCUCUUCAUAUGUGUUAGCUAGCUAGCUUGAGAAAAAACCAAUGCAACUCUCUUCACCAACUAUAUAUAUAUAUAUAUAUAUACCUCGGUUAUCAGCCUCAGCUGGUGGACAUAAUCCUUGCCAGGAAACAGGGGCUCUCUGGUGACCAUCUCGCCGAAGAUGCAGCCCACGGACCACAUGUCGAUGGCCUGGGUGUACUCGGAGCAGUUGAGCAGGAGCUCAGGCGCCCUGUACCACCGCGUGACGACGUACUCCAUCAUGAAGUCGGUCUCCGUCGUGGUCCUCGCCAGCCCGAAGUCCCCGAUCUUCAGGUCGCACUUGGCGUUCAGCAGCAUGUUGCUCGGCCUCAGGUCCCUGUGCAGGACGUUCGCCGAGUGCACGUACUUGAGCCCGCGGAGCAGCUGGUACACGAAGUACUGCACCGGCCGGUCGUCGUAAAAGAAGAAAGAAAAAAAAAGGGUUAGGAACAGAGAACAGAGGACGGCACAGCAACAGCGUUGGAUUUGGAUCGACGACCUGGCAGUGGUCGUCGGUUAGUUGCUGGUUUGACCGUAGGAGGUGGUGAAGGUCAGUGUCCAUCAGCUCGUAGACGAUGUAGACGUCGUUGAAGUUCUCCCUCCUGGGCGGGCGUAUGAUGUCCUUUAUUGAAAUGACCUGCAGGGAAAAAGAAUUUGUUGCUCUGUUACAUAUAUGCACGGAUGUAUUAUGUAUAUAGCUAAUGAACUAUACAUACAUGUAUAUAUAGCUAAUAAAUACAUACAAUGACAAAAAAAAGUCCUGUAGCGUGGAGUAUAUAUAUAAAUAUAUAUGUUCAUCACAAGGUAGAGAAAUAUAUACAUAUACAUGGCUA